UACUUAUGUCCAUUGUCACUUUAACGAGAAAAUUGUCACGAUGACACAAUACGCAGUAUCAGAGUUAUCGUGAUGGCUCUCUCUUCUAUCGAGCUUUGUCUUUCGCCAGCGAGCAUAAUACGUAGUAGUAUUGUCAGUGAAACCUCCGAUUGACAAUCCGGUCAAAAAAUUUAUAUCCACCAUUAUUACUCUAUGCCAAUUAAUUGGCAUUCAUAAAUAAGAUUUGUUCCAUCAACAAGUUUGUUACACUAAUAGUGCUAAACGAAUAGUUCUCAAUAAAAAAAUCUUCGUUAAACGGGAAUCAUUAUUAUUUCGUAAUACAAUAAAGCCAAAACUCCGUUACCUUCUUCGUAACGUCCAAUAUAAUUUUCAAUAUCCUGGCAAUCGUGGAACUACGAUAAUUCAAUUAUAAGUCACUCGACUAACAUUAUUAGAUACGGCAUCCUACAGUGAGACAAACAACGUUAUAAUAAAUAGUUGAUUAAACACGAUUGGAGCCAACAGGAGUAAAUGAAAGUUAAGAAGAAAAGUUAUUCGCUUUCCGUUCAGAAUUAUCGAUAUUUAGUAAAUGCCACUCUGCUCAUUGCCGAAAGAGACGCGAAACGGGAUUAAUUUUGACAAGCACAAUAACUUAUCGUGAGUAAAUCUACUUAAUAGACUCACCGAAAUUCCAUUCUUUAAGAAGAUGGCGUCGGAAGGUGCGUCCAGUGACAUACUGACCAACUGGGCACCGGAAGUACCGACUGUACAGGAAGUCAGCAAGACCAUGCAAAAUUUUGGUAUUCCUGAUUACACCGUCUUCGUACUGAUGUUACUUUGCUGUAGCGGAAUUGGCAUAUAUUUUGGUUUCGUCAAAAAGACAUCCGGCGAGGAUGAGUAUCUUGUAGGCGGAAGGAACAUGAAGACACUUCCCGUGAGCCUUAGUCUUAUUGCCAGUUUUAUUUCUGGAAUUUCUUUGCUCGGCACACCUACGGAAAUCUACGUACACGGGACUAGUUAUUUAUGCAUUGGUUUUGGCGUUAUCAUCGUCGGUUUUAUCAUGUCCAAUGUUUAUUUGCCAGUUUUUCACGAACUUAAACUAACCAGCACUUACGACUACUUGGAAAGAAGAUUCGACAAGAAAAUUCGACUGUUAGGCUCUGCUCUGUUCUCCUUGGGAAUAAUGACUUGGCUACCCAUUGUCAUUUACGUUCCUGCUCUUGCAUUUAAUCAAGUUACAGGAGUGAACGUACACAUCAUCACACCCUUUGUGUGCAUUGUCUGCAUUUUUUAUACUUGCGUGGGUGGUUUACGAGCUGUCGUGUGGACUGAUUUUGUUCAAGCUUUUGUUAUGUUCGGAUCCAUGUUCCUGGUAAUUGUCAAAGGUACAUCGGAUCUUGGUGGAGUUCAUGUUGUUUUACAAAGAAAUUUGGAAUCCGGCCGCCUAGAGAUGCCUUCAACCGAUUGGAAUCCGUUUACCAGACACACCGUAUGGGCUUUAGUAAUCGGUGGUUUUGUUCACUGGUUACAAGUAUCAGCAGUUAAUCAAAAUAUGUUACAACGCUAUUUGUCAUUACCAAAUUUACGCUCCGCUGUCAGGGCAAUGUGGUCAUUCAUCUUGGGAGUUCUUAUAUUGAUCGGAAUGUGUGGAUAUGCAGGAAUGUUAAUAUAUGCUACUUAUCACGAAUGCGAUCCGCUUAUAACAAAACUGGUAAGAUCAAAGGAUCAGCUUUUACCGUUACUCGUGAUGGAUAUCCUGGGGGAAUUUCCUGGCUUACCAGGACUCUUCGUAGCCGGUGUUUUCAGCGCCGCCCUGAGCUCUUUAUCGACCGGACUGAAUUCCAUGGCGGCCGUCGUCCUCGAGGAUUUCCUCAAGCCGUUUCGCAAAACUCCAUUUAGUCCUAGAGCCGCAGACAUCCUUAUGAAAGUGACCGUGGUGACUUUGGGUGCCAUUUGCGUGGGUCUUGUCUUUGUAGUAGAGCAAACGGGCAGCCAAGUUCUUCAGUUGACAAUCAGCUUGGAUUCGAUAGCCAGUGGUCCGUCUCUUGGGAUAUUUACAAUGGGCGUUCUUUUACCUUGGGUGAAUGCUAAGGGAGCUCUUAUCGGUGGACUAUUCGGUUUGGCCUUUAUGGGCUGGAUGAGUCUCUCGGCUCAAGCAGCUAUAGCAAGUGGAAGUUUACGGUUUGACGAAAAACCAGUAAGCACCGAAGGAUGCACGUACUCCUUUCAACAGAUUGAAAGCCUAAUUCUUUCACCACCUGACAUAAUGCUCAACGCGACUGAUCCUGAUGUCAUAGCGGAAUCCUGGUCAGUGUACCAUAUCAGUUAUUUAUGGUACACCGUAACAGGUGCUUUAGUCACCAUAAGCGUUGGCUUACUGGUCAGUUUAAUAUCUUCAGAAGACGUGCAAAAUUUAGACCCAAUGUUAUUGGCCCCAUUCAUCCGAAAAUAUCUGAAGAAACGUGACAAAAGCCUUCAUCAGGUAAAACAGGUUUCAAAACAGGAAGUUGGUACCCAGCCAGAAGUGCAAAGCAGACAAACAAUAUAAGUAAGACUGAACCAAACUAAGUGAUCCACAAGGAAACAACAGCCAAUGGCAACUCGCGAUGAAUACAUUACGUUUUAUUUUUGAUAUUACAAAUUAAUGUAAAUCAAAAUCUUGUACAAAGGUAAUAGAUACAAUAACACGUAGGACAAUAUUUUACGUAUUAAUAAUUAAACUUUACAUCUAAUGUAAACACCAUAGACUCUUUGUAACCCGUUGCCGUUUACUUUUCAAGCAUCGUUCAAUAAGGGCUGGUACGCAAUGUAAUUCUCUAACACGCGUGACGCAACGAAUACGUCGUAGGUUAUAGAGAAUUUUUUUCUUUUCUUUUCUUCUAAAAUGUACCAGAAGACACAUACGUCAUGCCCUACGUUUCACCGAAUGGCUUUAUCAAUCAGACCAUUUUUCACAUUUCAUUUUUGUCUCUAUCUUUUCGCAUCUAAUACGACCUCUGACCCUGCUCCUUCCGGUUGAAAAUCAUUGUUGUAGCAGCGACGAAUAAUUUUGAUCGACUGUACAGAAAUUGGACUGACGUCAUAGAAAUGUUUGAUUGUAACUGUCAGUGACAAAAAUUUUCCACCAAAAGGACCAGGCUCUGGAUCAUUCGAAAAUUCAAAAAAAUUACGUCACUCAAUAGCGGAAUGAAAACUGUUUCAAAGAGUAACAAUGAAUUUGGAAAAGUUUUCGAGUUGAUCGACCGCGACGAGACACGCAACGGUAUAUUUUUGAAUAUUCGAACGAUCGGUAAUUUAGCAUUGCUCUACAGAAUGAUUUACAAAUUCUUAUCAGCUUCUUUCAAAAAACACUUCUUUCAAUUACCCUUCCUUAUCAUCUGAAAAACGUAACGACUCUCUCAUACGUAUAAGGAUGGAACAUUGUGAUACGAACAUUUAAAACGAAACAAUAGAUAAUCAUAAAGACACCGGACAAUUAACUUAUUAUAAAAACUCUCGUGUCGGUAUCAGAUAACAAUAAGAGUAUUGACAUCAAAUAGAAAUUAAACAUUGGGAAAAAUUAAUUAGGAGCAUUCAAUAAGAAUGUGGUAUUAAAAGAAAAACCCAAAAACGUUCUUGGAGUCUCUUUGGAAAAUAAAAGAAACCAAAAUAAAAAUUAAUUCAUACAAACACGCAUAUAUAGAACACAGCAAUACGAGUUCACAGUUGUCUGCCUCUACGUACACGUGUACAUAAUUUAUAUAUAAUUUUAAUUAUAUUAAUAAAAAUAUCCUUGUCAAAAGACAAUUUCAA